AUGGUAAUGCUGGCCGUGUACCAGUUAUACCAAGAAGUGCAGUAUUCAAAGCUCGAAAACAAUAAGUUUUCGCAUGUGACAACCACACCAGAUGAGGAAGAGACUAGCCUGUUCACUGUGGUCUUUCAGUUCCCACCACAUCUGUUAUACGGUGCGAAACCCCUGUCGCCUGCCUACCUAAGCAGUCAAGGACGCACCGACGUGAGCAUUGUACUGGGCGUGCCCACUCUGGACGAGGGAACCGAUUCCCAUCUGCGUGCGACUCUCUACAAUCUGAUUGAGAACAUGAGCGCUGAAGAUCAGAGGGAUACGCUCAUCGUGGUGUACAUAGGAGAAGAAGACGAGACGAUCAUUGAGCCCAUAGUCCAGCAAAUCGAGGAGAAUUUCGCAGAGCAUCUGAAGAGCGGACUCAUUGACAUCGUAGUACCAGAGGAGAGCUACUAUUAUCCGUUUUUACAGGAGGACCUGUCGAAGUUGAGCAAACAGAAUGUAGACCUGGCCUACCUCAUGGCCUAUGCCCACGCCAAAGGCCAGUUCUAUGUCCAGCUAACGGAUGCUGUUCUGCCCAAACCGAACUUUGUUCGCCAUAUGCGCAAAUUUGCAUUAGUACGACUGGCGUUGAACAAUCCAUUUCAGCCAACAUGGUUUCUUUUGGACUUUUUCCCAAAUGAAGUCGCCGGCAAACUGUUCAAGGGCGAGGAGCUACCCUAUUUGAUAACCUAUCUGCAUGUCUUCUACAAGGAUAUAUUGUGGACCAGUUUGAUUGAGAACUUCAUAACGAGCACACUGUGCCACAAAGGUGCAGAGGAAUGCCUGUUACAGAUGACCACAUAUUGGCAGACCUAUGAUAUCCCCCUAUUCCAGCGAUUCGGCAACGUCACACUCAGCGAAAAACUGCGCUUGUUGAGCUCAAAAACUUAG